GAGCUUUAUUUAUAACCAAUUCUGGUACAUUUGUCUCCCUCGAAAAACAAUCUUUUAAAAUAUUUGUUAAGAACUUUCCGCCGUGACUUUUAUUCUUGAUAGGCAAAAACAAACAAAAGGAAAAGGAGGGUGGAAAAAAAUCAAACAAAGCAAUUAAAAAGAUUGACAGGUAUGGUUCUGUAUGAGACCUAUUUGUAAUUGUCAGGGUGACGUUGGCAAGAGGAGGAGGAGUAAAAAAAAUCUGAAGCAGGAAAAGCAGCUCGAUGUGUCUGUCUAUCAGUUGAGACUGUCUGAAAGCUCUGGGAUCUGAAUGUGUGCUAUAUUUCAGUGAAAAGAGAAGAGAGGAAGAGUGGAUCUCUUUCUCUCCCAGGAGUUUAAACGAGGGGGGGGGACAGUUCACGUUAAUCUCUUCCACUCUGUGAAUGUCUCUGCUUCUCUCUCCCACCCCCACCCCCGCCCUUUCAACACACUCUCUGGGGGUUGCCUGGUUUGGGGGCUUUUGUUUGUUUUCUGUUGCAGAUCAAGAUCAACUAAAAAAAAUAAUCCAUGUUAAAAACGUGUUCGCAUUAUACUAGUAUCAGAAGAAGCUGCGAUCUUUGGAAGGAAAAAGAGAGAGAGGGGAAGCGAGGCAGAAAAGUAGUCCUCUCCGAUGGUGCCACUGUUUGAUCUGUGACUCUCUGGAAGGUGGAGGAGUGACUGACAUUUCCCAUCCGGUGUUAUCUGUAUGUAUGGGGGCUUUACUCCUUUUUUUUUUUUUACUGUUUGCUUUCUUGCUCAGACUAAGUGAUGGGAGGAGAAGGGAAGACCGGAUCGACCUCGUUUUCUGCACAAUGAAAAAGCUAUUAUCGGCGCGAUAAAAACCACCAUCGCCAAAAUCCACGAGCUUUUCUGAAACAAGCCAGAGAGCGAGAAAGUUGCGCUUUGAGACUCUUUGAUCUUGGAGAAAGGCUUGCGCGCGGAGCGGGGGGGGGGGGCGAGGGGGAGGCGAGUGAAGCGGAGGAAGAGCGCCUGAAUCCACCACCAUCUCCUCGUUUGCUGUGUUUUGCUCCACUCUCUGCCAAGGCGAAGAAGCAGAAGAAGUAAUCAAGGAAGGGUGGAGGGAAGAAGAAGGGGCAAAGGAGGAGGAGGAGGAGGAGGAGGAGGGAAAGGAAAAAAGACCGGAUCAAGCAAACGGAUUUGAGCUGCACGUCGCCGGAGCAAGCCAGCCUCUUCAUCUUGUCCAUCUCCCUGCCGCUUGCAUCUUCGACGGAGGGACCCCAGGCGCGAGGGAAAAGCGAGCAAGCGAGCGAGAGCUUUGUUUUGCGUAUCGAAGUAACUUUUCCACCCCUUCCUCCAAAAAAAGAAAAGAAGCCGCUGAAAAGACGGGAGGAGGAGAAGGGCAAGAAGGGUGUGUGCGCGCGCCUGUGUGUGGACGGGGGGGAUCGGAAGGUCAGAAACCAACCUUGUCAAUGAAAACAUUGCCUCAGCGAGUUUUUGGAGCGGCGGCGGCGGCGGCAACUGGCAUCACUGUGCCCAGCCUGGGGGCCGCCGCAUCCCACCACCACCACCAAGCCCACCACCGCCGCCACCUGCCCCUGCUCUGCAGCCUCGGCUCCUCCGCGGCGCCGCGAGGAGCUGCCCGGAGAGAAGGACGUGAGGGGAGCCUCCAGCGCCGAGCGGAGACCCCGCGCAAACUUUUUUUGCCCCCUCCCUCCUUCCCUUCCCCACCUUGCACUCUCCCCUGAGCGGAACCCGAAGUUGAGGGAGCCCGUUUGCCGGCCCACCUCCCUCCCUCCUUCUCCUUCCUCCCCCCCUUUUUAUUAGUGUUUUGUGUAUGUUUGUUUCUGCAUGAAAAGAGUGGGGAUUGCAAGAGUCCUGUGCGGAAACUCUCCAGCGGCGGCGGCUGAGGGAGGAGGAGGAGGAGGAGGAGGCGGUGGUGGCGGCGGCGGAGGAGGAGGAGGGCGGCUGAAGAGACGGCGGCAACACCAGCAUGCCGAGGAGAAAGCAGCAAGCUCCCCGGCGCUCUGCAGCUUAUGUUCCUGAGGAAGAACUGAAAGCAGCAGAGAAUGAUGAAGACAGCGUGGAGGAUGACGGGCUACCUCUGGACAUCCAGGAAACUGACUACAUGUGCAAUGAUGAAACGGAGAUCAAAGAGGCUCAAAGUUACCAGAACUCUCCAGUCAGCACAGCAACCAAUCAGGACGCAGGUUAUGGGUCGCCAUUCAGCGAAAACAGUGACCAGCUGGCUCAUUUCAAAAGCACUUCCUCCAAAGAAGAGAGAGAAGAUCACCAGUGCUUGGACAAUGCUUCCUAUCCACAGGACAGCUUGGCACAAAUAAAAGCUGUCUAUGCAAAUUUACUAUCGGAGUCUUGCUGGUCUAGUUUAGCUUUGGAUUUAAAAAAAUCAAAGAGUAAUGAAAACAGCCAGAAGGAAAAUACCACUAAUAGCAACUCUACUAUCACUACCCCAAGUACCAAUACUAGUACUAGUACCAGUACCAGUACCAGUACCAGUACCAACACUAGUAUCACUACAAGUAUCAGUAGUACUAGUAACAGUAACAAUAACAGUGGUGGCUCAGGUUAUGACUGGCAUCAAGCGGCAUUAGCCAAAACUCUGCAGCAGACCUCAUAUGGACUUCUCCCAGAACCUAGUCUAUUCAGCACAGUGCAGCUUUACCGGCAAAACAAUAAAUUGUAUGGUUCUGUGUUCACUGGUGCCAGUAAGUUCCGAUGCAAGGACUGCAGUGCAGCAUAUGACACACUAGUGGAGCUAACAGUGCACAUGAAUGAAACUGGACAUUAUCGGGAUGAUAACCGAGAUAAAGAAGCUGAAAAGACCAAACGGUGGUCAAAGCCCAGAAAGCGAUCACUUAUGGAAAUGGAAGGCAAAGAAGACGCCCAGAAAGUGCUGAAGUGCAUGUACUGCGGCCAUUCGUUUGAAUCUUUGCAAGACUUGAGUGUCCACAUGAUAAAAACAAAGCAUUACCAGAAAGUGCCUCUGAAGGAACCAGUACCAGCCAUCACCAAACUGGUGCCUUCUACCAAAAAGCGAGCACUUCAAGACUUAGCUUCACCUUGCUCACCUGAGCCGACGGCGAUCACUUCGGAGAGCACACUUAGCGAGGCAGGGAAGGACCAGAAAACUGCCAACCCCUAUGUGACUCCAAACAACCGCUAUGGCUAUCAAAAUGGUGCUAGCUACACUUGGCAGUUUGAGGCCCGCAAAGCCCAGAUCCUAAAAUGCAUGGAGUGCGGCAGUUCUCAUGACACUUUGCAGCAGCUGACUGCUCACAUGAUGGUCACGGGACAUUUUUUGAAAGUAACUAAUUCUGCUUCCAAAAAGGGGAAACAACUAGUAUUGGAUCCUGUGGUAGAAGAAAAGAUCCAAUCCAUACCUUUGCCCCCCACCACACACACGAGAUUACCAGCUGCAAAUAUUAAAAAGCAGCCCGAUUCUCCAGCCGAAUCUACAACUUCUGAGGAGAAGAAGGACAUGGAAAAGGAAAAGGUGAUCGUUCAUGAAACAGACAAAAAGAUUAAAGAAGAGAAUGAGGACUCUGCGGAAAAAUUUGAGCCAACGGCUGUGUAUCAGUACCUGAGAGAGGAAGAUCUAGAUGAAAGCCCUAAAGGUGGGAUAGAUAUAUUAAAAUCCCUGGAAAAUACAGUGACAACAGCUAUAAGCAAGGCUCAGAAUGGAGCACCUUCGUGGGGAGGCUAUCCAAGCAUUCAUGCAGCUUACCAGCUUCCAGGGUCUGUUAAGCCCAUUCAGCCAGCUGUGCAGAGUGUUCAGAUGCAGCCAUCGUAUGCCAGCAGUGUAAAAUCCUUGUCUUCGGAACACAGUGCACUGAUCCACUCGCCAGGGAACCUGACGCCACCACCUCACAAAAGCAACGUCUCUGCAAUGGAGGAGCUAGUGGAGAAGGUCACGGGCAAAAUCAAUAUAAAAAAAGAAGAAAAGCCUGCAGAGAAAGAGAAAUGUUCUCCACUCAAGCCAUUGUCACCUGCUUCUAAGGAGAACAAAGACUUUCCAAAAUCAGAGGAAACCAAGCAGCAGCAACAGCAGCAGCAGCAACAGCAGCAAAAAAAGGGCCCUGAAGCAGAAGUGCAGAAGGUCAAAAAGGACAGUCCAGCAGAUCCUCAUGCACUUAAUGGUACUGAGCUACCUAAAGCAAAAGUCACAAACGGCUGUAACAACUUGGGCAUCAUCACAGACCAUUCAGCUGAGCCGUCAUUCAUCAAUCCACUGAGUGCUUUACAAUCCAUCAUGAAUACCCAUUUAGGCAAAGUUUCCAACCCUGUAAGUCCUUCUUUGGACCCUUUGGCUAUGUUAUAUAAAAUUAGCAACAGUAUGCUGGACAAACCCAUUUACUCAACGACUCCGGCCAAGCAAGCUGAUGCUAUCGACCGAUAUUAUUACGAGAACAGCGAUCAGCCUAUUGAUUUAACGAAGUCCAAGAACAAGCCCCUGGUUUCCAGCGUGACUGAUUCGGUCUCAUCUCCUCUGAGGGAAAGUGCCCUGAUGGAUAUUUCCGACAUGGUAAAGAACCUCACAGGGCGCUUGACCCCCAAGUCUUCGACACCGUCUUCCGUGUCAGAGAAAUCUGAUGCGGAUGGGAGUAGCUUUGAGGAGACACUGGACGAACUGUCACCAGUACACAAGAGGAAAGGUAGGCAGUCCAACUGGAACCCUCAGCAUCUUCUAAUCCUUCAAGCCCAGUUUGCGUCUAGCUUGAGGGAGACUCCUGAAGGCAAGUACAUUAUGUCGGACCUAGGCCCACAGGAGCGGGUACAUAUCUCUAAGUUUACUGGUCUUUCCAUGACCACAAUUAGCCACUGGCUGGCCAAUGUGAAGUAUCAAUUAAGGAGGACAGGUGGAACUAAGUUUUUAAAGAAUUUGGACACAGGUCACCCUGUUUUCUUUUGCAAUGAUUGUGCCUCUCAGUUCAGAACUUCUUCUACGUACAUAAGUCACUUGGAGACACAUUUAGGGUUCAGUUUGAAGGACCUGUCCAAAUUGCCACUAAAUCAGAUUCAAGAACAGCAGAAUGUUUCAAAGGUCCUCACAAAUAAGACUUUAGGCUCACUUGGAAUUGCUGAGGAGGACUCAGGUUCCACAUUCCAGUGUAAGCUCUGUAACCGAACUUUUGCAAGCAAGCAUGCAGUGAAACUGCACCUUAGUAAAACACAUGGCAAGUCCCCCGAGGACCAUCUGAUCUAUGUAACUGAGUUAGAAAAACAUUAGCGUCCAGGUAAGCAGCCAGGUAUGCAAGUGACCACAGGAACAUUGCACUAAACUUCUUCAUAGUACUGCACUAGGCCUGAUCUGAGCCUCUGAAAUCAGUCUUACUUUUGUUGCUGAACUGCCUAUCUGGACCUUGGUUUUUCUUACAUACAUUUUGUAGUUAUAUUUAUAUGCUCUUUGUCUGAUCUGUGCAUGUUUUUUUAAAACCUUUCUUUUCUUUUCUUUUUCUGUGAGUCAAAGUCUGACCUUUAUUUUCAACAUCUGUCCUUGAUGUUAAGCUAUCUUUUGUAGAAUAUAGUGGGAGACACUAUUGAGAGACGUUAAUUUAGCCGUAAAGAAAGACACAAAGAACAAUAACAAAAAGACAUCCUAAAAUUACAAAGUUGCCAUGACAAUAAAGGUCACAGAACCCUGUAGUGUCAGUUUUUUUAACCCUCUGAGGACUGUAAUAGCAUUGUUGUGCCUUUCCCAAAGGAAUAUUUUGUGUUUUAAUUUUUAAAAAGGCAUUUCAUCCUAACAAAACUGUGUUAAAAUGUCAAAAAAAAGCCCUUAAAAAAUUGCAGUCUGAUUUGCAGAGAAAAGAUGCAUGCAGUUCUUUGACGAUGAUGAAAAGCUAUGAAGUGCUCAAGGGGUUAGAAAACCACAGUCGUGUUUAAGAAAAUAAAAAUAAUAAACAAAGUUGCCACUAUGCCCAAAUCCUCUGGAUGCUGAAAAUUGCCACUUGGCAAAAAAAAGUAUGCAAGUUAUUUAAAAAAUAAAAAUGUAAAAAUGCUUUCCCCCCCUUUUCUUUCCCCCCUGUAAGAUACUGCAGUUUAUAGUUAUUUACAAAUGUAAGCUUUGGUACAAGCUGACCUUUCUAUAGUGUGCUGCAUUGGUACAUUUAAAACAAAACAGAAAAAGUGGGGCAAGUGUUGGAUUCAGUUCCAUGUAAAUUGCCAGCAUCAGCUUAGGGGAAAAAAAAAAGUACAUGUUACAUAUCGUACCAUUUUAAACUGUUCAACUUCCUUUGUACCUUCUGGCUGUAUGCUUUUCUCUUUUAACUUUUUAUAUUGUCAUUUUAUAUUCAAUUUCUGUGUAUAUAAUGUAAAACCACACUUUUUUUGAAUAAAAUUUAGUUCCUGCAGCUUGAGUUAAAUAGAGAAAUUUUACUGGCACCUGCAUCUUCCCGGAUGCAUGUACUCAAAGGAACUAUCUGACAAAACAAAUAAAUAAAUAAAUAAAAAUAAAGCAAGCAAUGCACUAUGAAUUAUACAUUUUGAUGUUUUAUCAUUAAUAUUGUACAGUACAUUUUUUUUGGUUCACACAAUUAAAUCCACUGUUUUCUCAAGUGUAAAAUAAACCCACAUGCAGUUCUUGAUUUAUGUAUAUUGUGAUGUCGUCAUUACUUUGCCUUUGAGGUCUUCAUUUCAGCAGCGAAGAGGUUUCAGCCUGAAGUAUGUUUGGAGUCAUUUGUGUAUUCUAAUAUGCUGCGUUCUGUUGCAUAUGUAUUAGUGAUACCUCAGAAUGUUAUUGCAAUGGUUUACAGAUGCUCAUGGAUGCAAACUUGUGAUUUUACUGGUUAGGAAUGAGCAGUGUGUUCAUCCCUGAAAUGUACGACCUUUUAAAAUGUUGCCCUGCCUCAAGCUGUAUAUAAACUCAUAAUAGGUACCCAGCUGUCUGUUGUCUGGGUCCCAUUUGUGAAAGAUUGCUCAUCACAUGCCUGCGUCCUUCUGGUGGCCCUUCAGAUGCAGAUCCCAUCAGCCUCAGACAACAGAGAUUAUGGGAAUUGCUGUCCAACAGCAUAUGGAAAGCCACAGGUUCCCCACUAUUCUAGUGGCUAUAAAGCUUCCAGCUCACUUCAGAUGGCAGGGGGAAAUACAUUAGCAGGCCACAUUUCUCAUAAUUUCCCACCCUCUCUCUGAACAUUUAGAUUCUUUCUGCUGUUGAUUACCUAAAGCACAAAUCUUCAGACAGUGGGUCAGGAGGACCCCCAGGUAGUUUGCGAAGCCAAAGCAGGUGGGUCAUAGUAAAACUGUUGCCACCAUGUUGGACUCCAGCUUAGGCUGACCGAACCAAACAGCCACUAUAUACAUGUCUAGAAUAAGACACUUUCUCCUGAUGAGAUGCUCAUUUUAUCAUUAUCCAUGAGUACUACCAUUUCUUAAUAAGAUACACAUUUCUGGCCAACCACAUUCUCAUGCCUUUUUACUAAAGUGCAAAUCAAAAGUGAAAGUGGGAUCCCAUAGGGAUUCAAAGAUGGGCCUUUGUUCUGCACCAAGUCUGGACCAGUUGAAGACCACUGCCAUAGAGUGGCAGUGGGAAUUAGGGAUCACGCCAAUGUCAAACUCUAAGAAUAUGAAAGGAAUGUGAAAGGAGUAAAUGUAUUGGGCUAUAAGAAUAUGAAAAAGUGACUCACCUUCAUUGCAGGUUUUGGUUAAACCACAGAGCCUAGGGCUUGCCGAUGAGAAGGUCGGUGGUUCGAAUCCCCGUGACAGGGUGAGAUCCCGUUGCUUGGUCCCUGCUUCUGCCAACCUAGCAGUUUGAAAGCACCUCAAAGUGCAAGUAGAGAAAUAGGUACCGCUCCAAGCGGGAAGGUAAACGGCGUUUCCGUGCGCUGCUCUGGCUCGCCAGAAGCGGCUUAGUCAUGCUGGCCACAUGACCUGGAAGCUGUACACCAGCUCCCUCGGCCAGUAAAGCGAGAUGAGCGUCGCAACCCCAGAGUCGGCCACAACUGGACCUAAUGGUCAGGGGUCCCUUUACCUUUACCUUAAGCAGAGCUUGGAUGGCCAUCUGUCAGGGAUUCUUUAGCUGUGAUUCUUGCAUUGUCUAUCAGAGAUGCAUUUACCAGCUCUGAAGUCCAAAUGUUGCACUCAGAUUUUAAUACCUGGGAAGGGUCAGGAUGCAUGGAGCAAAUGGUGGAGCUCAAAACUCCAGGAAGCUUGUCCACAUCCUUAGGCUACACAAAUGAAUCCUGUCUAACAAAUCAUGACAGCGUGGUGUCCUGACUACAUCCGUCUCUUGAUUCUGUCAAAACUACACCAUCCAAGUUGGUAUGAAUGCGAGUGGUUUUUCUCUGCAAAAUGUAAUCUAAAUUGGUCACAGCAGUCUUUUGAGUCCUCUGACCUCUUACCACCUGUUCUCCCAACCCUUGCUACCCAGAAGAGCUCCACUGGCCGACAUUGUGUAGAUGCAAUUGUGGAAAAGUAAGAUUUCUUUGCUACCAUCUCCACUGCAGAGUAAGUGCUAAAUCUGUUUCUCACCCAUGUCCAUGAAAAGGUUUAACUUUGUCAGAUAAAGAUCUGCUCAUGACAAUGGAGAAUGUCUGGCUACCCCAGUCACGGAUCAAUAUAGUCCUAAACCAGAACAUGAAAUAAGAUCUAAAGUGUGUCCUGUCGCAUGUGUUGGACUGUAUGUCAUUUGACACAUAUCCAUGGUUGUUAUAGCAGCCAUAAAAUCCCAAGCCAACCCAUUUAUGUUACAGGCUCCCAAAGACCAUAAGUUUUGGGAUCCUCAACAGCACUGCCAGCUCAGACAGACAGAAUGUUAGGCAGCGGAAUAGUGCAAUAACAGAAACUCAAUCCUGUCUUGAGUCCCUAGGAGCAGCUACAGACCCUUACAAGUGGCUGAUCAGGUGUCUUGCCAGGAAGAUGGAAUCUGUAAAGAUACAGAUACUGCACCCAUCCCUACCCCUCAAACUGCUUGGUGUUGUGUCUCUGAUACCUGGUGGACACACCAGGGAGAUAUUUACAUCUCACUCUUCAUUCCAUGAAGUCUUAAUGCUAGAAACACAGUCAGCAUGCUCAUCCUAGAUCAAAUCAGGGAUUGUUAACACCUUUCCCUUACACAACAUGGUGCUUGCAAGCAGCACUUUCAGACCCAAGGGAGCUGUAGUUAAGCCAGCAGAUUUACUAAGGUUGAGUAACAGUGGAGAUGGCACAGAGAUGUCUGACUUGCCUCCCGUCCAUUGUCACCUCUGCCUCCCACUGCCAUAGCACCUUCUGUCCUUUGUGGUGGUCUUUCCUGACUCCCUGUUCGUUUCUCACCCUUAAACUCCAUUAUCUUAACAUCCCUUAACACGAAAACAUGCCUAAUACUGCUGGUGAAACACACCCAUAUUGUUAACAAGCCUACAACAGAGGACAGGCAGGAGCAAAAUGAGGAGUAACUCCCAAUCUACUUAUUUCAAUGAUUCUUCAGUAGCUGAAAGCCCUUUAGUGGCUGAAAGCCCUUACACCAUACUUCAAUGCUUGUUCAUGCAAUGCAUUUGAAAAAAUGAUGCAUAACAUUUCCUAAAGGUAAAUUAACAGCAGAAUUUCACUAGGGUAAAGUAGGCCCCAAGCUUUGUACGCUUUUCUUGCAAAGUAGGGAUGCAUAGUUUUGCAUAGUGUAGAAUUAUUUAAUACCUGUAAAGAU